ACCGCUCCAUCUCCUCAGCGCUCACACCCCCCCAAGUGCACAAGCCUUCCACUUCCACUGCAAUCAAUCCAACGUCCCAUCCCUCAUCUCUCUCUCAUCCUCCAACUUUUGACAGAGCAGAGAACCGACAAUCGCGCUCCCCAAAGUCUCUCGCUGCGAUCUGAUAUUUCCGCCUCACCGACUCUACUGAGAUCGUCUGGAGUCCAGCGAGCCAUCGGCAUUGAUUUCGCCGACUGUACUCACACCCUUUCCAGCUCCAACGUCCACCCCAGCCCCAGCUUCAACCUCGACUCCCAAAAUUUCAAUUUCUACCAUCCGCCAAUCUUCGCCCAAGAACCCCCAACGUUUCUUCAUCGCACUCACCAACGACCGACUUGGUCCUGUAGUUGAGAUCUGAUUAAUUAUACACAACACCCAUUCAAAAUGGCGUCAAAGGUGAGACGCAUCGUGAAUCAGAAAGCUAGUGCGAUCAAGCUCAAUUGUGCUAACCACCAUCUCUUCAUCUAGUUUUUGAGAGAGUACAAGCUCGUCGUCGUCGGAGGUGGUGGUGUCGGAAAGUCGUGUUUGACAAUUCAGUUGAUACAAAGUCAUUUCGUGGAUGAGUACGAUCCUACAAUUGAAGGUACGCACGUCAACCGAUCUCAGAUCGCAGAUCUGACACGGGCGCAAUGCGCCGCUUGGUCGUAGAAGUGAUUCCAAUUCAAUCCCAUGCUAAUCACUCCUUUCACACAGAUUCAUAUCGAAAGCAAUGUGUUAUCGACGAAGAAGUCGCCCUGCUCGAUGUCCUCGAUACCGCUGGUCAAGAAGAAUACUCGGCCAUGAGAGAACAAUACAUGAGAACUGGUGAAGGAUUCUUAUUAGUCUAUAGCAUUACCAGCAGACAGAGUUUCGAGGAGAUCAUGACAUUUCAACAACAAAUUUUGAGAGUCAAGGAUAAGGACUACUUCCCAAUUAUUGUUGUAGGAAACAAGUGCGAUUUGGAGGGUGAGCGACAGGUUUCCAAACAAGGUAUGUCAUCCAUUUUUCCCGACUUGCUCCACGCAAACUAAUCAUCAUUAUUACAGAGGGUGAAGCAUUAGCACGAUCCUUUGGUUGCAAGUUUAUCGAGACCUCCGCCAAGUCCCGUAUCAAUGUUGACAACGCAUUCUACGACAUUGUUCGCGAAAUCAGACGUUAUAACAAGGAGAUGGCAGGUUACACAGCAGGAGGUUCCGGUGGCUCGGGUAAUGGCCAGCCUGGAAAGAUGGAGGUUGGUGAUGGAGAGGGCAACAACAGAGGAUGUUGUGGAGGUUGUGUGAUAAUGUAAGCAGGGGGAGUAGUAGGAAAUUGCGCCAUUUCGAGUUUGGAUCCAAGGCGAGGAGACCAACACGGCCACUGGGCUAGCCUCGAGGAGGAACGAUCAACUUGAGAUGGGGCAACAAAAAUGGGUUGAUGAUUACAGGAUGUCUGUUAUAUUUGGUCGGCUCUCCAUUCCUAGGAGCAGCGUUUCACCAGCAAAUUCGCCUCGGGGAGUUCUACGCCAGACACCACGCCACAUACACCCUCUACCCAGAUCUUUCAUGGAAGAUUCUGUAGUUGUUCUUUCUUUUCGGGCACAUGUCAGAUGAUGAUGUUUUUUUCUUUUUUCUCUCUUCUUUUCUACCAGCUACAUUUUUUCUUCUUCUACUUUUUCCCCCUUCAAGAUAGCUCCCGCUUUUUUAUUCAGGGGCACACACCAUCAAACUUUUGUAAUGUCACCAUCAUCCAUGUAGGAGGGGAAGGAGGGAGGUGGGGGAGGAUAAUUUGGCAGGGCCCGGCGCAGUCGUAUGAGGUACAAGCCACUAAGAACUUUGACUUUGUUUCUCAUCGUGUGGAGAAAGAGUCAAAGAGGAAUGUAUACAAAAAUUUGAGGAAUAUGAAGCAAAAAAAAAUUGACAACCUCUAAUCUUCUUUUGUGGUAUAUUUUCUGAGAUUCUUAUGGUGGUCACUUAUUUUCUUUGACAUUGUGGGGGAUUGGAAGGGUAGUUAGUGAUGAUGAAGAUUUCAUCAGAGGGAGGCUAAGUGGAGAGGGGGGGAGGAUCAAAUUCCCUUUUUUGUUGAUACACAUCUUAUCUCUUUUGUUGCAUAUAAAAGUGGAGUCAAUGGUCUUCUUCUUUUGCAUGCUUCCUCUUGUCUGUCUGUUCAUUCCAUCUGUGAAUUGCACGUCGU